ACCCCAUGUAUAUAAACACGCAUUAAGUGGGAAUUACUUCCUGGUUGAGGUACACAGGUGUGAAGAGGAGAACAGCGCCAUAUAUCGACGAUGACUUCCGACAAACUGCUAGUGGCUGCGAUAGACUUCGGGACGACCUAUUCUGGUUACGCCUUCUCUACAACAGCUGAAUAUAAGGACAACCCGCUGAAGAUCCACUCGAACCAGGCAUGGGUGGCUGGCGGCAAAUCCUUACUCUCACUCAAAACCCCGACCUGUCUUCUCCUGGACAAAAACGAAAAACUGGUGUCGUUCGGGUACGAGGCUGAGAAUACCUACUCGGAUCUUCUUAUGGAUGACAAAGCAGCCGAUUACUACUAUUUCCAGAGAUUCAAGAUGAAGCUUCAUCAAAAUUCUGAUUUGUCAAAGUCUACCAAGGUAAAAGACGUCACAGGAAAGGCAUUAAACGCAUUGGACGUUUUUGCAAAGUCUAUAAGCGCCCUGAAGUUACACCUGAUGGGAACUCUGGAAAACCAGGCGACAGGCAUCAAGCCAACCGAGAUCCAAUGGGUCCUUACAGUGCCAGCUAUCUGGUCUGAUACAGCCAAACAGUUUAUGCGCUCAGCAGCUGAACAGGCCGGUAUUCCUGGAAACCAGUUGAAGAUAGCGUUAGAACCGGAGGCAGCCUCAAUGUACUGUCAGCAUCUUCCCCUAGACAAGCUGACUGGGGCUGGGACAGGUUUCUCCGUCACCAAGAAGGGCACAAAGUACAUGGUGAUUGACCUCGGAGGAGGAACUGCCGACAUCACUGUGCAUGAGAAACUUGAGGGUGGUAAACUGAAGGAGCUAUACAAGGCUAGUGGAGGGGCCUGUGGUGGUACCGCCGUCGACAGCAAAUUUGUCCAGUCUGCGUUCAUCAAGGUGGUAGGAAACCCCGUCAUGACAGAUCUGGCGGAACAGUUCCCAGGUAGCUACUUGGACCUAUACAGAGAAUUUGAGACCGUUAAGAGGACCGUCACGCCAACGAAAGAGGGCAAGGUCAACUUAACCAUUCCUAUUGUGGCCAUCAAUACUGUGAUGGAGGAUUCUGGGGAGACGUUUAAGGACGCCCUUGCGAAGAGUACGAUGUCAGAUAAGGUCUUGCUGCUUGGUGAUAAACUCAGGAUAGAUGCAAAAAUGAUGAAAGAAGUCUUCUUCGGUGAGGUAAUCAAGGAGAUAGUCAAACAUCUAGAAGAUAUCCUCAAAAGGCGAGAAACGAAUGGGGUUUCAAUUUUGCUACUUGUUGGUGGGUUUUCGGAAUCACCAAUGGUGCAGGCGGCCAUCCGGAAGGCUUUUCCUGACAAGCGAGUCAUCAUACCAGACGAGGCCGGUUUGUCAGUGUUGAAAGGUGCGGUCAUAUAUGGGCAUACCCCGGAAACAAUCACUUCCCGUAUCAUCAGAUACUCAUAUGGGGCACGCAUUGUACCAGAUUUCAACCCUCGUAAACACAGAAAUGACAAGAAAUGUAGAAUAGCCGAUACAGAUAGAUGUCUCGAUGUUUUCUCCAGCUUUAUGAAAGCGGGAACAUCUGUGCCCCUGCACCAUAAAGAGAUCAGUGGCUAUUCCACCACAACGCCGUGUCAAACGAGCAUGAUGCUGAAAAUAUAUCACUCUCCGGAGGAAUCGCCAGAAUACACCGAUGACGAUGACUGCGAACCCUUGGGAGAAAUGGAAAUCGAAGUGCCUGACCCAUCAAAUGAAGAAAGAUCUUUGAUUGUACUUUACGAAUUUGGCGAUACAGAGCUCAAAGUAACUGCCGUAGAGGAAAAGUCAAAGAAACCUUGCAGAGCCGAAUUCAAACUUCUGUGACAUCAGUACAAAUAAUAUUAAAUUAGUGUGGGCACACUUCCAAAAAGGAUGGAGGUUGUGUCACUGUUUGGUUAACAUGCGCACGCUUGCAAAGCAUGAUAGUACAUUUUAAGAGUUUUAUGAUCACCGAAUAUGGCGUUUAGGCUUCGUUAACAUAUAUAAAACAAUAUAGUUUACAUGUAACAUGCGAUAGGGAACUCUCACAUCCAAUGGCCAAGUUCUCUGUUGCUUAAUUACUGUGCCAGUUCAACGGAACCAUAUGCUACGUUGCUGGAGAAGCAAGCUUGCCAGUAAGGCAGUAUUUCCCUGUCUUAUUCCUUGACUGUUCCGGAGGGUCGGCACAAAUCAUUCGCCACUUGUAUGGACGACAAUAACUCAUGGAAAUUUAACAGAGGUGUUACAUGUUACACUCUACAAUAAAUUAAUAUAAAUAGCCAA